UAUAUGACUCAUUUGUAUUGGAUCAGGCAUCAAAAAGUUAUAGCCGAUCAAAAUUCGGCUGACGCUCAACAGCCCACGCUCAACUGCCCUAACCCAAGAUUUAUUCUCAUUUUCGCAAUUAUAUUUAUUUUCCAGACGCUUAUUCACUUGUAUAUGUGAUAGACUGAAUAAAAUUUUUAAGGAUUUCUUGUUGCCAAGUCGGUAAAAACUGGGGUGUUCCCCGUCCCAUUUGAGAGAUUUUUUUGGAAAUUCCCCGUCCACCCCCCCCCCCUUCCCAUCCCCCGUGGCGCCGUCUCCCUUCUCUCAUUCUCCCAGGUUCCCCCCCCCCCUGUCGGAGAACAACUUUAGUAGUAACACAUAGGCCUUUGUUCACUUACACUCUCCCCUCUUUUUUUCUUUCUUAUGA